CCGUAUUAAGAAAUAUUGUGGUAAGGUAUACUAAUCUCUACCUUUCGUAUACGUAUGUGUCAAAGAAGUUGAGAAAAAUUGUAGAUGAGGGAUACCCAUAAAAAAUAAAGGUUGUUCUGAAGUUUCCUCCCUCAGUUUUUGAUGGGUGCACCUAAGCAAAAGUGGACUUCAGAAGAAGAAGCUGCCCUUAAAGCUGGGAUACUUAAGCAUGGACCAGGUAAAUGGCGAACGAUUCUCAAGGAUCCAGAAUUUAGUGGAGUAUUGUGUUUGCGUUCAAAUGUAGAUCUCAAGGACAAGUGGAGGAACAUGACUGUAAUGGCAAAUGGCUGGGGUUCUCGAGAGCAAGCAAGAUUGGCUGUCAAAAAGAUGAGACAGGCCCCUAAGCAGGAUGGGAGUCCUUUGACUGAUACUACUGCUGCUGAUAGUGAUGAGGAAGCAGCUGAAACAAGGACUGUCACAACUUCUAGUGGUUCUCCUCAGACACAUGGUUCAAAACGAUCUAUGAUAAGGUUGGAUAAUCUUAUAAUGGAGGCUAUAAACACCUUGAAGGAGCCAGGUGGUUCCAACAAGAUCACAAUAGCUGAAUACAUAGAGGACCAGUACUGGGCACCUCCAAAUUUUAAAAGGCUACUGUCCGGGAAACUGAAGUAUUUAACUGCAACAGGGAAACUUAUCAAGAUGAAGCGUAGGUAUAGAAUAGUACCUAUGUCAACACCAUCUGACAGUAGAAGAAACCUGUCCCUUCCACUUUUGGACAGCAGGCAGAGGAUCUUCCCCAAGAUUGAUCGGGAUGAUAUGACCAUGCUUAGUACAUCUCAGAUAGAUUUAGAGCUAGCUAGAAUGAGGAACAUGACACCUCAAGAGGCUGCAGCUGCUGCUGCACAAGCGGUUGCUGAAGCAGAAGAAGCCAUAGCUGAAGCUGAGGAGGCUGGUAGGGAGGCUGAGGCUGCUGAAGCUGAUGCUGAAGCUGCACAAGCCUUUUCAGUAGCUGCUAAGAAGACACUACAUGGGAGAAGCACCCCAAGGAUGAUGAUACAUGCUUGAUCGUUCCUUUGGAGGUGACGUGGAUGUGCGAGUUAGAGAAUUGCUAGAUACCAUUCCAGUUUGAUGUUGUAUCUUCAGCUUGUACAUAUGGCUACAAGUUUCAUGCUAAGUGUAAUCUACUGGGUUGUUAGUAGUAAAAGUGUUUCUGAUUGUGUCAGUGUGUUUCCUGUUCACACCAAAUCAGAUGUCUCCUUUUUAACCGUAACUGUUUCUUCUAGCUGAGGAACAGGACUUAACCAAAUCAGAUGCUCUACUGUUAGUGUACACGACGAUUUAUUAUUUA